CUGAGCUCAUAACUUAACAACUAAGGACAGCAGAGAUUUAACGAAACGGUAGAGAGAGAGAAACAUCUACUCCACCCAAAUCCCAAACCCAAACCCGUCGCAUUUCUCUCUUUCCCGAUGGCCGCGACGCCGUCGUCCUCCGCCGCGGGAGCCACCAACAUCAUGCUCGCAAUUUUCGAGAAGAAGACUAAUUCCGUCGACCUGUACCGCCCUCUACGCAACUACAUCGCAUUCAACUACUCCGAGCGUGAGGCCCAGAACCUCGAAGACGAUCUCCAAACCCUAAAGCAGCAACGCGCUGACAUCGAGCGCCACACCGAUCCCUCCCUCCCUUCCCGCCGCGACCUCCUCCAGUCCUACUUCAGAGCCCUCUGCCUCGUUGAGACCCGAUUCCCAAUCUCCCCCGACCCGGCGCACGUCAACGCCCUCACCUUCGUCUGGUUCGACGCCUUCAAGCCCAAGCAGAAGUCUUCCCAGCAGAACAUCCAUCUCGAGAAGGCCUCCGUACUCUUCAAUUUGGGAGCCGUGUACAGCCAAAUUGGGCUUUCGUAUGAUCGCAACACCGUGGACGGCCGCCGCCAGGCCUCGCAUGCAUUUAUCGCAGCCGCGGGGGCGUUUGCUUAUUUGAGGGAUAAUGCGUCCAUGAAAGCCUCCAUUGGAGGAUCCGCCACCGUGGACAUCUCGGGAGAGUGCGCUGGGAUGCUUGAGAAGCUGAUGCUAGCUCAGGCUCAAGAGUGCGUCUUUGAGAACAGUAUCGCCAAAGGAAGCACACCAGGUGUUUGUUCCAAGAUCUCUAGGCAGGUUGGGCUGUAUUAUGAGGAAGCUUUAGCUGCAUUGAAUGUUGCACCUUUAAACACACAUUUUGAUAAAUCGUGGAUAGCGCAUGUCCAGCUGAAAUCGGCUUUGUUCUAUGCUGAAGCUUGCUUUAGGUAUGGAUUGGAGCUACAUGAAAAAGAAGAAAUAGCAGAGGAGAUUGCGCGACUCAGGAGUGCCAUUAACGUGCUAACUGAGGCGAAGAAAAAUUCAAAGGGUGCUGCAGCACAGAUUCUCGAUGCAAUUGGCAAAUUAGAGGCCAAUAUUAAUCGAAACCUGGAAAGGGCUGUCAAGGAGAACGACAGGGUUUACCUCAUGAGAGUUCCUUCUCCCAGUUCCCUAUCACCUCUUGCAGCAUUUUCUAUGGUGAAGCCAAUGGCAAUGAGUGAGGUGCUGGAUGCAAGCAAAGAGAAGAUGUUUGCUAGCCUUGUACCUGACAGCAGUACAAAGGCCCUCUCCAGGUAUACUGAAAUGGUAGAUGACAUUAUAAGAAUGCAGGCUGAGAAGCUACAGCAAGCUAGUGAGCUAACACGAGUUAGGCUCAAGGAAAUGGAACUUCCGGAUUCUAUUCUUGCUUUGGAAGGAAAUUUUACUCUUCCAACAAGUCUCAAAGAAGAUGUGGAGGCUGUGCAGAUCAGUGGGGGACCUGCUGGCUUGGAAGCAGAGUUGCAGCAACUGAGGGACCUAAGGAGGGUGAAUCAAGAAUUAUUGGUCCAGACUGAGGAGCUGUUGCAAAAGGAAGCAAGAGAAGAUUCUCAAUUUAGAAGCCAGUUUGGGACAAAAUGGACUAGACCUCAAUCAAGCACUUUGACAAAGAACUUGCAGGAUAGGCUGAACAGGUUUGCAGGUAACUUGAAGCAAGCUGCUGAAAGUGAUGGUCGAAUUGAGCGUUCGGUUAGAGAAAAUUCGGCAUUCAUGUCAAUCCUUGAUGCCCGCCCGAUUGAAUCCGCACUUCCAACCUUGGCAAGGCCGAUUAUGUCUUUAGAUCAAAAUGAAGAUGCUAUUGUGGGAUCUCUCAAGCAGAGCCUGAGGCAACUAGAAACUCUUGGAGCCCAAAGGGCUGGUCUUGAAGACAUGCUUAAAGAGAUGAAAAGAAAGGAUGAUAUAUUACCAAAGUUGAUGACAUCCACUGGCUCUCAUGAGGAUCUCUUUAAGAAGGAAAUAGCAAAAUAUGACCAUAUUUGUGAAGAAAUAGCUCAAAAUAUUGAGGCACAGGAGCAACUGUUGAUGCAGAUCCAGGCUCAGAAUGAUGAAUUCUCGGCUCUCUUCAAUCUUGAAGACUACAAAGCUUCACGUGAAAAAUGCUACAAGCAGAUUGAAGCUGCCAUAGCCAAGUUUCGAGAGAUAAAAGACAACAUUAAUGAAGGGUUAAAAUUCUAUGUUACUCUGCAGGAUGCGAUCACAAAUGUAAAGCAGCAGAGCAAUGACUUCGUAAUGACAAGGAACAUCCAGUGCAGAGAAAUGAUUGAAGAUGUUCAAAGACAAGUGGCUGGUCUGAGUUUCCAAGAUAAAAGCUCAGGUGCUUUUAGUAGUAGCUACCCACCAGUUGGAAGCCAAAACCAAAGACCCAGUACACAACAAACAGAUCCUCGUCCCCAAACACCUUAUUAUCAACCACCUGAGCAGCCUCCGGUUUCUUCCUACGGACAUCCCCCUCCCUCAUAUGGUUCAGCAGCGCAUCAGCCUCCGCCUCCAUACCACAUUCCACCAACAUCUGCCGCUCCAUACCAACCCCAUCAGGUUCAUCAGCAGGCACCAGCAGAGUAUGGCCAACCUGCAUAUCCUGGAUGGCGUGGUCCGUACUAUAAUGCGCCAGCUCAGCAACCUGGUUCUGUUCCCAGGCCUCCAUAUACCGUUCCAUCUCCAUACCCUCCACCUCAUCAAGGUGGAUACUAUAAGCAGCAAUAGUGUUAAUCCAACCGUCUUCUAUAAUAAGAGAGAUUAUUCUUUCCGUCAGCUAUCUCCUCAACAAAUCGGAUUUAGAUAUACCUGUUAUCUUAAAGCUUUAGACCAGCGUGGAGCAUCGGUGUGUAUUUUUUGGGUCGUUUCUGGAUUUGGAUUUUGUUAGUUUGCAUUGUCAUUGGUUUGUGAAUAGUUUAUACAAAAAAUGUUGUAAGUACAGUUGGUUUAUUUCCAAUUUUCUACUUUAUGCAGUGGGGUUCCCCCAUCUAUACAUGCCAACUCGUCAGAAAACAUAUACUUGUAUCACUACAUAUUCAAAGAUUUCUUACCCUCUUU